UAAUGAUCGACAGGUCCUAAGAACCACAACCCUUUACAGCACCCCGGCCCCAUUCGAGACGGAGUUUCCCUUUUUGAACAGACGGUUUUUUACUUUCGACUUUCUCAUCACGUCCUUGUGGUUCUCCUUGAACGUUGGGUUGGGAGACUGCUCACCGGAGUUGACGCUGACGGCGGACCCUUUUUUCCGACUCGAAAUCUAGCGAGAUGGCGUCUCUUGGGAAAAAGUUUGGGCAGCUGCGUCAGUGGACAGGGGAGAAAAUGGGCAGCUCGCAAAAGACAGAAACCAGCGAGGAAUUCAAACGACUGGAACAGGAGACGGAUUUACGACGAGAGUUCACGGAAAAAGUUCAUGAGGCUUUGGCAGUUUAUCUAAAAUCCAUGGGAAAGCGAAAAGAGUCCCUCACAGAUAAAACCAAGAAGCUGCCACUGGAAAUCAUGGCGGACGCAAUGAUCCAUUUUGGAACCAUGCUACAUGAGGAUUCAAACUACGGAAGAGCUUUGAUCAAGUUUGGGGAAUGCCAUGAAAGGAUUGCCAAUAUUCAGUUGGAGUAUGUGACUCGUGUCCGAGACUCUUACGUGAACAAUAUUUCUCGAAUUCUUGCAGACAUGAAAGAGUACACGCAACUGAAAGCAAAGCUGGAACGACGACGCCUAGAUUUUGAUGCCAAACUGAACAAAGUGCAGAAAAGUCGAAAGGAAAAGCCGGAACUGGAAGAGGAGACGAGAGCAGCUCAAUCAAAAUACGAAGAGUCUCUAACAGACACGACACACAAGAUGAUUGAACUCAACUCCAAUGAAGAAGACCAGCUGGAGGAUCUGUUAAAUUUUAUGGAUGCUGAAGUGACGUAUCACAAAAAGUGUCUGGAUAUAAUAUCAGGUUUGCAGCAAACCUUGGCCGACAUCCCUCGUAAUCCCAAUUCACAUGCUGGUGCCGCACGAAUGUCUGUAACUGCCCGGUCAAGUGUAAAUGACCCACCGCAGCGGCGGCCUAGCGGCGACAGUUUUGGGCCUCCCUCCACAGCACGACCUACUGGGCCGGACCGCAAAUUGUCUUAUGCUGCAAAUGCAGGAUCCAUGGUUUACCCAAUGGUUGGACCCAACGGGUCCACAGUACCCGCGCCUAUUCCACAGAGACAAGAUUCCUCUUCAUCAUUACCUCUGGCGAGUGUCCCACAACCAUCAACGUCCCCAGCGAAAAAACAAGUUCGCGUUCUCUUUGAUUUCGAUGCCGAAGGACCCGAUGAACUCACAUUGCGAAAAGGCGAUAUUAUCAAUGUAGUCUGCGAAAUUGAUGAAGGGUGGUGGGAAGGCGAACUUUCUGACGGUAGUGGAACCGUCGGAAUGUUCCCAAGCAAUUAUGUUGAAGUAUUAACCAACAACCUUCCUUCCAUGCCUCCACGAAAUGAGCUGGCAGGAGGAUCCGACCCAGCCUACCAACCUAGAUCUUCCGAAGUCGAACAAACCCCCCGCCCAAACUCUGAUAUUAACCUCUCCCCCACAUCUGUUAGCCAACAACGACCGCAAGACCGCCCGUACUCCCAUAUUUCCCGUCUCUCCUUUGUCCCCACGAAUGCACCCAUCCCACCACAACAGCAGGUUACACAGGCCUCUCCGGCUGCUUUGGAAGGACUUGUCCAACGAUCCUCUGCAGCUGGCGGAGCACCCUUUCCUCCUCCUGCCUCACCCGCGAGCCGAGGUAGGAUGAGUUUCGUCGGUGGACAGCUACCUGUAUCAAAUCAUGCGACGACUGCUACUCCGUGUGGAACCUGUGGAUGUGCCGAGUUUUUGGCGAAUGCGUUUAGGAAGGAUCAAUGUAGUAAUUGUUAUCACCGGCAUUGACAAAACAAAAAGUAUCAGGAAAUGUUUUUUUUGGGGCUGUACUUGAGGUUAUGGUGGAAUUGUUUCUUAUUGUUCUCAGUGUAUGAGGGUGUAUCUGGUCUCUUUGAUAUAAUAUCAGACGAUUAGUAUAUUGGCGGUGUACUAUAAGAAAAUGAUAUGCAAAUAGAGUUGCAUCAGCCAUGUAAACAAGUACGCUACAUCUUUAAUGCUAUAUCAUACAAGAGGGGCGACAGUGCUAUUCUAUACUGC